CGUUUGGUUUCGAUGCUGCAGUGCGCAUUACAUAGGUCGGUCGAACGCGGUGGAAGUUGGAAAAACGAGUCGCGGAGAGAACAGCUGAGCCAAACUAAAUAAAUACGCAAUCAAGUUGGCCGUCUGAUGGGGGAUUACAAUUUUGGUGUAAAUUCGAGCGUCGCGGCUUUAUCUCCAGUUGAUUUUCAAACGAAUUCCGGCAGCACAUCUCUAUUUUUUCCGAGCGAACCGGUCGCGCAUACGAUGCAAGAUGAUCUACUGCUCGAUAAAUCUACCGGCAAACAACUUCAGCAACUGUCUCCUUCGACUGAUAAUAACACAAAUGGAGAGCAAAAUUCAGAUGAUUAUUCUCUAAGAAAUAAAAAAAAUGAAGAUUCAGAAAAUGAUGAUGUUCAGAUCGAAAAAAAAAAUUUGGACUCUUCAUCUCCUGGAGCUACGAGUUCUCCUUUGCAACUGGGAUUUUCGGAAUCAUCGAAUUCGAUAAAUAUCACAUCAACAGCACCAAGCUUCUGGUCAACAGUAGGUACAGAUGAUACAUUUGUACCAGGAAUACCUACCAUGAAUGGCUCAUUACCGUUCCAAAACUUUGCUUCAUCAACAAACCCGAUUCUAAGUACCAAUAUGGGACCUCAGUUAAAUCUUUCGCAGCAGCAUACACCUCAGAGGCGUGCUAUCACCGGUGCUCACAAUUUCCCUCAAAAUAGGCAUCAGCCUCAACCUAAUUUAUUCAAAGCUUACACAAAUUGGAGUAAUCCUCAUCAAACAGCGUGGUCCACUCCACAGACCCCAAAUGCAUUAUCAGCUUGGAAUGCAGUAAACAUCACAACAAAUCACAAAAGGUCCGUGCCAAAUAUGAGCCCCAUCUCACCAAUGAAGAAGACACAAACAAAUGUUGGUCAACAUUCUAUGGUUAUAUCACCGUCCAAAUUUCGUCGGAGUACAUCAAUGCCUGUUGGGAAACCAUUUCCCCAUGGACUUGGAGCAAAUACAACAUAUGAUAUGACUGGUGAUGAAAAUAGGGAUGGUAAUGUUAUCAUGCCUUUCCAGCGCUGUUCCAAAUGAAUAUAUAGGUAUGUAUUACCAGCAUGAUGACUUACUACAAUUCUGAAAUAGCAUGUUUUGAACCAAAUGCAUUUAGAGGUCUGUCUGAGAAAAGCCAAGAUAUAUUACAUAAUAAUUCGUUUAUAUGGAUGAUGAAAGCUGUUUAUUUCUAUUUAUUGUUAUAGAGUAAAACUUGUAAGUGUCUGGAAUAUAAAUUUAGGUGGAAACAGAAGAAAAAUACAAAUUUGUGGUUUUGGCCUGGUGCCAAUAAUAUCAUUCAGAAUGAAUGAUUAAGUCUUUUCCCUUGUAAUUGAAUAUUGUCUACUAUAUCAUAGGACAUAGGCUAUAUCUACAAUA